AUGACUCGUGGUACGGACACUUACCUAGCCGGGAAGGAAAUGUAUAUCCAAACCACCACCCUGACCAUCUCUCUCAGCCUGUCUGCCUCAGUGUCUCUGGGGAUGCUCUACAUGCCCAAAGUCUACAUCAUCCUCUUCCACCCCGAGCAGAACGUACCCAAACGGAAACGCAGCUUUAAGGCCAUUGUGACAGCUGCCACCAUGACGGGGAAGCUGGGCCAGAAGGGAGGAGACCGGCCCAACGGAGAGGUGAAGACGGAGCUGUGUGAGAGCAUGGAGACCAACACUUCAUCAACUAAGACGACAUAUGUCAGCUACAGCAAUCAUGCCAUUUGAAGGGACCACAGAGGAUAUGACGGAAAGGGAUUGGACAAGGAGAAGGGGGGCGUGUCCCGAGGCAGCGCCAAGAAGGAGCCGUGGUUCUUGGCCGGAGAACUGACGGACAGAUUGAGCGCCCAAUGGAAUCCAAGCAUGAGACAUUUUGUAUUGUUCCGCAUCACACCACAGAGAGGUGGGACCACAAAAAACAGCCAGUCAGUGUGCCUGCUUCCUCGCUGCUCACAGCUCAUUGGUCCUACCAUGAACGUACCUGUUCUGAAAAAAAAAGAAAAAAGAUAUGCCAUACCAUAGGACACUGUGGUGGACAGAGUAACUAUUAAAACGUACACCAAAAAAAAAUCAUAAAAAAGAAAAAAACUCCGACCAUGUAGACAUUAUAUCUAAAAGGGCAGGCUGGGAGAGAGAUUUAACAGAUUCCAUUUUAAAAGAUAUUUAAAAAGAGAAAUGUAAGAGAAAAAUCUAUGAGACUCAAACAUGUUUGUUGUUAUUCUCUACUUGUAAGUAUUUUUGUGGUUGUGACGAUUUUUUCAUUCUUGUCUCACCGUUGUCCGAUGGAUCGCCCUUGCAUAAUGAGAUGAGUGUGUUUCCUCCUGCUGUCUUGGCUAACCGGGUUGUAGCCUUGGGUUGUGAACCUGUAAAAUGCCAUGGUUGAAGCAUGCCAGUUUUUUUAUACAAAAAGGAGAUUUAUUUAUAAUAAAGGAAUGUUUUUGCAAA